AUGUCAAAGGUUCGAGAUGUUGGAAGUAAUGGCAACAAAGGAUCUACUGAAGGGAUUGAGGAGGGCUCGAUUCGCUUAUGGACCCCGAUUUUCCCUGUUUUGUGUUGUGUUUGUGGACUGAUUGCAAUGUUUGCUGGGUAAGCUUUUGGAUCAAUAAAUUUUUGGUGGGUUUUUCUCAAAAAAGGCGCUGAAACUUGAAAAAAAAAUUUUGAAAUGGAAAAAAUAUUAUUUUCACUUAUACAGAAAAUAACAAAAUUUUUUCGGGACAAAAUGAAAAUAAUUUUUUUUAUGUUUUUUAGAUACUUGACUGCAGUUCUGAACCAUCAUAUUGACGCAUGGUUGCCAUUGAUCAGUGAAGGAGGAGUAUUUUUCCCGGAGAGUGGGAUCUUCGCAUCGUUCUUCAAUCUGACUGCCUUUUUCUGUGAGUUUCCAGCGGAUUUUUUAACCUUUUUCCGAACUGCGCUCUAACCUGAGAUUAUUUACAUUUCUUUUUAACUUUUUUAUUUUUGUUUUUUUAUAAUUUUUUAAAUUAAAUUUUAUUUUCCAAACUGCGCCCUGAACUGAUGUUUUUAUUUUUUAUUAUAUUUUUUAAUUAAAACUUUUUUUAUGAUUUUUUUGGUAAUUUUUUUCCCGAACUGCGCCCUAAAUUGCGGUUUUUUUUAUUUUUUUUUAUUAUUUUGUAAUUUUUUGGUCAAAAUUUUUUUCCGAACUGCGCCCUAAACUAAAUUUUUUAUUUAUAAUUUUUUCGAUAUUUUUUUUUCUUUUAUUUUUAUAUAUUUUUAAACGGUUUUUUGAUUAAAUUUUUUCCCGAACUGCGCCCUAAAUUGCGGGUUUUCUUAUUUUGCUUCUUUUUUAUUAUUUUUUAACAAUUUUUUGGUCAAAAUUUUUUCCCGAACUGCGCCCUAAACUAAAAUUUUUUUUUUUAAUUUUUUGACCUAAAUUUUUUUAUUUAUUAUUUUUUCGAUAAUUUUUUUUUCUUUCAUUUUUGUAUUUUUUUAAAUGGUUUUUUGAUCAGAUUUUUCCCGAACUGCGCCCUAAACUAAAUUUUUUUGAAUUUUUUGACCUAAAUUUUUUUAUUUGUUAUUUUUUCGAUAAUUGUUUUUUCUUUUUCAGGGUGGAUAACCUCCUUCCUGAUCUGCCUCCAACUCCACCAACACAUCCGUGUCCACCGCGGCGCCCACUCCAAACUACGCUUUGUCGUCUACUUUAUGCUGGCGACUGGCUUGAUCUCCGGCGUGGGGCUUGUUUUGCUAGCAAAUUUUCGACUGAAUUCUCCCGGCUCGGUGCAUGGGAAAGGAGCGUUGGCGCUGUUCUUUGGCGGAAUGGCCUUUUCUUGGUGCUAUAUUGUCAUGAUGGCUGUAUUGAAGCAACAACCGAAGUGGGUGUGGAUUGGCAAAGUGGUUUUGAUAUCCAUAGUGUCGGCUUGUGUGAUUUUGCGUAAGUUUUGAGGAUUUUUUUCUGGGUAAAUUUUUUUGGCGAUUUUUGAAAAAUUUGAGGUUUUUCGAGAAUUUUUGCAAUUUUUUGGCGAAAUUUUUUUAUUUUCAAGAUAAAAAUUUUGGGCAAAAUUUGAGAUUUUUUGAAUUUUGAUUUUAAAAAAAUUUUUUAUGAAAAAAGUACAGACGAAACCGAAAGGCCUAUUCCAUAUUUGUUUUGCGGAUUUUUUGGGGAGAAAUUCGAUUUUUUUGGCAAUUUUUUAACGAAUCUUGAGGUUUUUUGCGGUAUUUUUUGGAUUUUUUAACACUUUUUUAACUUUAAGAUUCAAAAAAUUUUUUGGGCAAAAAAAAGUUUAUUUCGUGCUUAAAAUUUUUCGAAUUUCGAUUUUUUUUUAAUUUUUGAAUUUUGAAAAUAAAAAAAAAAUAAAAUUUUGAUCUCUAAAAAAAUAAAAAUUUUUUUCAGACGAAACCGGAAAGCGUGUGCCAUUUUUGGUCACACCUUUUCCAAAUGGCACCUAUCCCGCCUGGCCCCAACACAUCAAUGGAGUCUUCAGAGUUGAUUCGGACAAUCCGGUAAGAGUGGUCACAGAGAAAAACACUUUUUGGCCGUAUCUUUGUCAGUCUUGUGCGGAGAAAAUUUACUUUUUGUGGAAACAUUAACUUCGACAAAAAUUGGUUUUUUCGAAAAAAAAUUCAUUUUUAAAAUUUUUAAAUUAUCCUCUAAAACCCCUAAAAAUCCAAAAAUCAAAAAUUUCCACUUUUUCAAAAAGUCAUUUUUACUAUGUAUUUUUACAGUUCUUCACUCAUCGUGUUGUCACCAACGCCGCUGAAUGGGCUUUGGCGAUCGGGUAUUUCCUUAUCGUCGCCUCUUCCGCCUAUGAUCUCACAUUUCUCAGGUUGCAGUUCGAAGUGAAGCAAAGGGUCUCGAUGAUCGAGAAUUUGGAUCCAGGGACGAUGGUUGGAGUCCCAACCAUUUCCAGAUACAAUAGGAAGAUUGAAAUCAGUGACGUUGCAGACUAA